CACAUGGAGGAAAUUGUUGGCCGGACCAAACAAUAACGCUGAUAUCUUCACAGUUUCGUUGCGGUUCCGUUCACAUCGUGUGGCUUUCCGUGCGGAUGUUGCCAAAUUUUACCGUCAAGUACUGGUACAUCCAGCGGACCGUGACUAUCUUCGUAUCGUCUUCCGUGAAGAACCCGAUCAGCCGUUGAAGCACUAUCGCCUUUGUACAGUGACGUACGGAACGAAAACAGCCCCGUAUUUGGCAAUCGAGGCCAUGAGAGAAUCAGCUAAGCCGUACGAAACCGUUUAUCCGGAAGCAGUGAAGCGGAUCAAGCUUGACUUUUACGUCGACGACUUCCUGUCCGGAGCAGACGACGAGGAACAAGCAAUCCGCCUGAAGCAGCAGGUGGUCGAAAUCUUAUCUUCAGCCGGGUUUGAACUAAGGAAGUGGUCGUCUAAUUGUGAGAAUCUUUUAUCCAACCACUCUUCGGACGAAGCACAACCCGUACAUAUGAAGCUUUCGGAUUACAACGAGGCAGUGAAGGCACUGGGCAUCCUGUGGUAUCCGUCUCGAGAUGAAUAUGGAUUCAAGGUUAGUUUUUCCCCGCACAGUGUCAACACUAAGCGCCAGAUGAUAUCAGAUUCGUCCAGAUUAUUCGAUCCGUUCGGAUGGUUGGCUCCUGUAAUAGUCAAAAUCAAAAUUCUCUAUCAACACCUCUGGCUUUUCGACAUCGCCUGGGACGACCCGUUGCCGUCAGCCGUCGAGCAAGAAUGGCAAGCAGUGAAGCAAAAUCUUCAUCUACUCGAGUCCAUCCGAAUUCCACGGUGUAUUUUUCCAAGCCGGGACCGUGUGCAGUUUCAUGGUUUUUCGGACGCUUCCGAACAUGCAUACGCUGCGGUGGUGUACGCGAGAACAGUCGAUGAUCAAGGCAACGUUUCGGUGGUACUCAUUGCGGCUAAAUCUCGGGUGGCGCCAAUCAAGCAAGUGUCACUACCUCGUCUAGAGUUGAACGGAGCGCUGCUACUCACAGAGUUGAUGCGUCGGAUUACUGAAGCCUUGCCACACCAGCAGAUCGAACACUGGGCAUGGACAGAUUCGAGCAUCGUUCUGCAAUGGCUGUCUUCGCAUCCCCGAAGGUGGAAGACAUUUGUAGGAAACCGGACAUCUGCAAUUUUGGAUUACCUGCCACGAAGCUGCUGGAAUCACGUUUCUAGCAAGGAUAACCCUGCAGACGUUGCAUCGCGUGGACUAUCACCAGAUGAACUUGUCAACAAUCAGCUAUGGUUUCAAGGAGCACCGUGGCUGAAAGAAGAUGAAUCGGGUUGGAAGCGAAGCCCAGCACCACAGGUUGUCGACGAAGAUUCGUUGGAGGUCAAACCGAUCAAAUCGUUAUGUACACUGUUGACGAAAAUAAUCAACUAUGAGGUUGAGAAGCAGUUAAUCGUUAAUUGA